GUACAAUUCAAAGGCAAGCAGAGAGCCUGCGUCUCUUUUCCUUAAUUUUCUCUCUUUUCUUUCUCUUUCCUCAUUCAACCGAAUUCAGAUCCCAGCAAGUUUAGUUUGUGUGUAAGGAAAACCCAAAAAUGGCGGUGGUGUCGCCAUUAGCAAAGUACAAGCUCGUGUUUUUGGGAGAUCAGUCUGUGGGCAAAACCAGCAUUAUUACUCGCUUCAUGUACGAUAAAUUCGACACCACUUAUCAGGCUACCAUUGGUAUUGAUUUUUUAUCAAAGACAAUGUACCUUGAAGAUCGAACAGUUCGCUUGCAGCUCUGGGAUACUGCUGGUCAAGAGAGAUUUAGGAGUCUUAUUCCGAGCUACAUUAGAGAUUCUUCUGUUGCUGUGAUUGUAUAUGAUGUUGCCAACCGCCAAUCAUUUCUUAACACUUCAAAGUGGAUUGAGGAAGUACGUACUGAACGUGGCAGUGAUGUCAUUAUUGUUCUUGUUGGGAACAAAACUGAUCUUGUUGAUAAAAGGCAAGUCUCCACAGAAGAAGGAGAUGCUAAGGCUCGUGAAUUUGGAGUAAUGUAUAUAGAAACCAGUGCUAAAGCUGGAUUCAAUAUCAAGCCUCUAUUCCGAAAGAUUGCUGCUGCGUUACCUGGGAUGGAGACACUAUCAUCCACAAAAGGGGAAGAUAUGGUGGACGUUAAUUUGAAGCCUACCACAAAUACAUCCCAAAAUGAGCAGCAAGGGGGAGGUUGUGCAUGCUAGAUUGUACUUAAAAGAAUGUAGACUUUUUCUUCUAUGAUGUACAACAACCUCCAUCAAAGAGGUAGCCGAAGACAGUUUGACCAUUGAGGACGCGUUUGUUAGUGUCAUCGCAUUUUUGUUUAAAACUCCUUGUGUUUAUAUGUCAUGGUUCCUAGCUAGUUCAGGAACCUUUUUUGUUCUA